AUAGUUGGAAUGCAUUAUUGUUUUUAAUCGACUCUGGAAUUUAUAGUUUAUAAUAAAAAAUAAUUAAAUAAAUUAAACAUAAACACUGAUGACGUCAUUUUUGGAGGCAAUUUCAAGCUUGCUAACUCGCGGCAAAAUCAACUUCGCAAAAUAUUUUUUUCCCAGAAAAGCUAGAAAAUGUGUUCCACUGGACAUAUAUUCAAUUCCCCAAGACUCAACAAGUCAUCGAGAGGACAAAUACAGGUGAUUUUCGGUCCUAUGUUUUCUGGUAAAACGACAGAAUUGAUGAGAAGAAUGAAAAGAUACCAGAUAGCCAAUUAUAAAUGUUUGGUAAUUAAAUACUCAAAAGAUGACAGAUAUGACAAAGAAGGGAUAGCUACACAUGACAAACAAACAUUGCCAGCAGUACCAGCAGAAAAGUUAGAUGAUGUUUUAGUUAUGGCUGAGAACUUUGAAGUCAUUGGUGUGGAUGAAGGGCAAUUUUUCCCAGACGUUGUGAGUUUUAGUGAUGAGAUGGCAGAGAGAGGUAAAACUGUUAUAGUAGCAGCUUUAGAUGGAACUUUUCAGAAGAAGGGAUUUGGAAACAUCUUAAAUCUAGUACCUUUAGCAGAGAAUGUAAUCAAAUUGACGUCUGUUUGUAUGGGUUGCAAUAAUGAAGGGUCUUUUACAAAGAGGAAAGGCCAAGAAACUGCAGUUGAAAUAAUUGGAGGAGCAGACAAAUACCUUGCUGUGUGUAGAUCCUGCUUUAAAUCACCAUUGAAGUCACCAAGAAAACACGAAACACCUCCUUUUAACAGUAUCAAAGAAACAAAAACAAUGGCCAACAGACAGUUGUUUAAUUCUCCUGUUAAAAAUUGUUAGUGUUUGUUAUGAGUUAAUACUCUCCAUGAUCUCUUUUCCAGGGUGAAUGAUAAAAGGUUGAGAGAAAAAAUCUUGUGUAACAGGUUAUCCCUAAAAAAACAAUUUGUAACUAACUUUUAAUUCAAUAUACAUUUAUGUAUUAAUAAAAAGUCUGACUACUAAUAUUUUUUAAAGACGCUUCAAUUUUUUUUAAUUCAGCUGAUAUAAAAAAAAAUAUAC